AUGUCCAUCGUUCGUCCCCGUGGCUCGGUCCCACCAGCCAAGAUCAAGGUCGCCAACCCCGUCGUCGAGCUCGACGGCGAUGAGAUGACCCGCAUCAUCUGGCAGAAGAUCCGCGAGGACCUCAUCCUCCCUUUCCUCGACAUCGACCUCAAGUACUACGACCUCGGCAUCGAGCACCGCGACGCCACCGACGACCAGGUCACCGUCGACGCCGCAGAGGCCAUCAAGAAGUACAGGGUCGGCGUCAAGUGCGCUACUAUCACCCCUGACGAGGCCCGAGUCAAGGAGUUCGGCCUCAAGAAGAUGUGGCUCAGCCCCAACGGCACCAUCCGCAACAUCCUUGGCGGCACCGUCUUCCGCGCUCCCAUCGUCCUCGACGACCUCCCGCGCCCCGUCCCCGGCUGGACCAAGCCCAUCAUCAUCGGCCGCCACGCCUUCGGCGACCAGUACCGAUGCCAGAACUUUGCCGUUGACAAGCCCGGCAAGUUCACCAUGCAGUUCACCCCCGAGGACGGCUCCGCGCCCCAGACCUGGGACAUCUUCAACUUCCCCGACGCAGGAGGCGUCGGCCUCGCCAUGUACAACACCACCGAGUCCAUCACCGGCUUUGCACACGCCUGCUUUAAGAUGGCCCUCGAGAAGAAGAUGCCACUCUACCUCUCCACCAAGAACACUAUCCUCAAGGCUUACGACGGCCGCUUCAAGGAUAUCUUCGAGAACCUCUACGAGACCACUUACAAGAAGGAUUUCGAGGCAAACGGUACCUGGUUCGAGGCACGUCUGAUUGAUGAUCUUGUCGCGCAAGCUAUCAAGUCCGAUGGAGGUUUCGUAUGGGCGUGCAAGAACUACGAUGGUGACGUCCAGUCGGACAUCGUCGCUCAAGGCUACGGUUCGCUCGGCAUGAUGACCUCGGAGCUCAUCACCCCCGACGGCCAGAUCAUCGAGUCCGAAGCCGCACACGGCACUGUCACCCGCCACUACCGCGAGCACCAGAAGGGUAACGAGACCUCGACCAACUCGGUCGCCUCCAUCUACGCCUGGACUCGCGGUCUCGCCUUCCGCGGCAAGCUCGACAAGAACGACGAGCUCGUCUACUUCGCCAACGCACUCGAGGAGGCAUGCCUCGACGCCAUCAACGCCGGCAAGAUGACCAAGGAUCUUGCGCUCAUCUACCACGGCAAGCAGAUGAAGCGCGAGCACUACGUCACCACGAUGGAGUACAUUGACGAGGUGGCCAAGAUUCUCAAGCACAAGCUGUCGGCCAAGGGCAUCGAGGCCGGCAAGCUCUAG